GUCUUUUCACAGACACAAAAAUCUCUCACUAAAAUUGCAAGUUAGAAGUGUGAAGCAUAUAUUUUUAUCUAUCGACUAUUCUUACUCAUGCUUUAUACCACGCGAUACGUUUUACAGUCUUUUAGUUCUGUUUUAUCGCUCAAGGUGCUCGGACGUGUAAUAACUGAUUGUAGUGAUUUUAGACAGUUAUAUCUAAUUUGCAAAAAAAAAUUAAUUAAGACUCGAUAAAUAUUUACUGACAUGCCAUAAUUAAGUGUAAAGUAACAAAAUUGAGUCAUUGUGAAAGUAAAAUAAUUAAAGAUUCAAAGCCCGUCAACUUGAAUUCGAUAAAAAAGCAGCUACAAAUUUCUCUAUUGGAAAUAACAACUUUUGUGAUCUGAAUUUAAGGUUUAAAUAGCUCAAACAAUUAAUUUAAAUAUGGAAGUACUUUGGAAUUGCUCAAUAUAUUUAAUAAUAGCGAUAUUUUGUGUAUUAAGUUCAUGCACAACUAUUAGUGAUAUAAAGCAUAUGAAGCUAAAAAAUAAUAAUACUCAGCAACAGUAUGACAAUUUCCUUAUCAUCGAUCAUCUCAAUGAUAAUGAAAAGGAAAUAAGAAUAAAAUGGAAGAAUCUCUUGGGAAAGCAGACGACACUUGAUGUACAAGAGAAUAAAAGAUAUGUUAACAGUUCUCUUAAAUUAACAUCGUUAUGGCAACUGACAAAUGGAAAAAGUUUCGCACAACUUAUAUUCAAUGGAAAGAAUCUCCUCGACUGUGAAUAUAUUGAGGAUGGAAAUGAUAUAGCAAGCGAUUUUGUGGAUAAAUUUAUUGAUGAAUACGAUUACAUCCGUAAUGAAAAAUUAAGUAGUGCCAAACAUGCGAAGCAUCAUCAGAGUAAAAAUAUUGAUAAAGAUGUGCUUACAAUUAAGCCAAAUGUAAAAUUAACAAAGAUAAGAAGAUUUCAAGAUAUUCCUGAUGACAUGAUGGACCUCAUGAACUUGAAAAAGCUUAAAAAGCAAUGCAAUAAAUUGCACAAAGAAAUUAAAAGAAAAUUGCAACAUGAAUAUUCGGACAUGGAAGAGAAUGAAGAAGAUUUGAAUGCCGAACAGAAAGACGAGAGCACCGGACUAAGAGCAAAACGACAGACAGAUUCUUGGUUUAUAGCUCCACAUACGAAAUGGUGUGGUUCUGGAAGUAAUGCUCAAGAAUACAAAGAACUCGGCCCUUCCAAAGGAGACCAGUGCUGUCGAAAACACGACUUAUGCAAAGUACACAUUCCACCAAUUCAAAAACGUUACGGAUUGUUUAAUAUUCGACCAUUUACAUUAUCGCAUUGUAAAUGUGACAGAAGGUUUAGGACAUGCUUGAAGAUGGCCGAUUCAAGUGAUGCUAAUAUGGUCGGAAAAUUAUUUUUCAACAUUAUUCAAACGAAAUGUUUUGUGCUGAAAUCCGAGAAUACGUGCAUACUGUAUAGUUGGUGGGGCAAAUGUCUAAAAUAUAAAGCAAAAAAGAAGGCAUACUUAAGAGACAAUCAAAAAUAUUAAUUCAUCAAUGGGAUCAUUAUUUUCAGAAAUGAAUCCAAAAAAAAAACAUCUCAAGUAAAAGUUCCUCUCAUAAUUCUACUCAUAAGGAGAUUAUGUUCUGUGUAUACGCAUGUGAAUUUAAUUUAUAAGAAAAUUAAUCAGUGUAAGUACUUAAAAUGUAUGAAAUAGUAUGAAAAUUGUUACUUUUAAGUUAACUUUGCCAUAUAAUUUUAAAUCAAUGUAAAAUUCUUAUAAGAAAAGU